CUGAAUCAUGGCGGACGCGUUAGCUGGAGGCUAACGUGAGCGACUCGGCGUGUGCGCAGUGCGAGGACGAGUUCGAGCGGCCGGAGUCGCGGCGGGUCCGGUUCGGUGCGGUUCGCUGCGGCGUGGGCACAUUCUGGGCACUUUGUGGUUCGGCGUUGGGUUUGCUCGGAAACAAAAGGCCCUGGGACUGAGACGCUGCCAUGGAAAGUGCAGAGAUUCUGUCAGGAGAGGAAGAGUCUCCUGAAAAGGGCGAUUCUAAAGUGGAGGAGCUGCCACACAAGAAAAACAAAAAGCACAGAAAACACAAAAGUAAGAAGAAGAAGAGGAGGAGGAAGGAUGAGAAGGAAAGCAGCUCCGAGUCUGCCGAUUCAGAAAAGGAGACUCCACCUCAGAGACCAGUGCGGACGACACGGGCCAGUGCGCGGCUCGCUGCUGCUGCAGGAGCAGGAGACCAGGUGGGGUCAAAGGGGGGCAGCAAAAAAACAGCCUCUUCAGAUCGAGCUGAAGCAGACUCCAAAUCCAAAAAGCACAAAAAACAUGCAGGGAAAAAGAAAAAGAAAAAACGAAAGAAGGAUGAAAAGCAGGAGAAAAAGUCAACCUCUUGUUCUCCUUCUGAAAGCAGUUCAGCGUCAGGCUCAGACUCCGAGGACGAAGGGGCGAAGGAACCCGAAGAUACUAAAGUCUGCCUAGACCUUCCAGAACCGGUGAGCAAGGAGAACAGCCAGGAGGAAGCUGAGAAAGACGUCCCCGUACUAACGGCAAAGUCUGAGCUCACCGAGGUGCUCAAAGAGGAGAUCUCAGACAAGACCCUCUCUCCUCCUGUGCCAAAGGACGGCAGCACCAACGGAACACAAGCAGAAGUCGGGUUUGUGUCCACUGUGGAGGGUGAGGACUUUAAACCCACGUCUGAGCUGACGAAGGAGAAGAGCUGCCCUGGAGAGGGAUCGUUCACCCAUUCCCAUGCUCUUCCAGACAUCAUCCCCAAACAGGAAGGUUCUGCGCUCAGGGAUAACAAAUGUCAGAAACCACAGGACAAUCAGCAGCAAAUCCUCCCUGAAUGCAAAACCGAAAGGUCUCCAACCCCGCCCACCAGCUUAGAUGUCAAGAAAUCUGAGGUUUGUGAGGAGCAACCUCCAUCCAAUUGUCAGAGUUUAAAACAGUCUAAUAUAGAUGAAAAAAAGAUUGAUGAUCAGCCAAAAAGCCCUUCUCCACCUUUAAAGGAAAUGUCUGAAAAUAUUUCUCGAUCUCGUUCUCCAUCUCCUAAAAGUCCCCCUAAAAGCAGACCAUCUCCUUCUCCUAAACCACUGAAGAGAGACCUUUCACACUCCCGCUCAAGCUCCCGUUCCAUCACACCCAAGAAGAAAGUGUCCAAGUCUCCCAGGCCCAAACGGACCUCGGUGUCUCCCAAGCGCCGCAGAAGUUCCCCUUCGCCCAAAAAGGAGAAGGUCAGAUCUCCCAAGCGCAGCAGUCGAAGGUCGUCCUCACGUUCCCCCAGGAGAAGUCAGAGGUCCAGGUCUCGGGGCAGAGCGAAGAGAUCUCGGAGUCGUACGCCUAAACGCGGCGCAGCAGGUCGCCGCUCACGCUCGCGCUCAGUCACAAGGCUCCGAAGAUCCGUCUCCAGAUCUCGGCGUGGAGCCCGUAGGUCCAGGACGCGCUCACCGGACAGAAGAGCCAGUGGUAGACGAUCAAGAUCCAUCUCCCGGCAUCGCAGGUCGCCGCCCCCGAGGUCCAGGAGGUCUCGCUCCACACACAGGGCCAGGAGGUCUAGAUCACGCUCUGUUACAAAACGCAGCCAUCGCUCAAGAUCCAGAAGUCUCCGCAAAUCUCCACGCAGGAGGUCCAAAUCACGCUCACCAGCCAGGAAACGCUCGCGCACCCCCACGAGAAGAAACAGGAGCCCAGUCCGAAAGCACCGAACAAGGUCACGCUCGCCUCCGGCCAAGAGGAAAUCCAAAACGCCCAAAAAGAAACGGAACGUCUCGAGAUCCAGGUCCAAAUCCAGCGACGCGCAGUCCGACGGCAGCUCUCCGGCUCGCUCCGCGUCGCCCUCUCCUGUCAAAAGGAAAGCGCAGGCUGCUCCAAAAGAAGAGGAGCUCAACGGUGAAAAGCCAGAGGCUGUCUUGAAAUUAAUGUCUGGUGCCGCUGCUUCCAGUUCUCAAACUGAUAACACUUCAGAAAAGCUUCAAGAGAAACCUGUGGACAGCAGCCAGAACAAAGAGGAGCCCAGGCAGCCGAGUGCACAGGAAGACGGAGCGUCUGCUUCGAUAUCUGCAGCCCCCUCUGCUCCUGAUGGUUCUAACAGUGAACAGGAGAAGUCUCCUGCUAAAAGUGAGUCCAAACCAUCUCCAGAGAAGAAAGAGCUCUCCACAUCGCCCUCCCCAGUGCGCCGCCAGCAGCUGUCUCGAUCUACCUCAUCUCCACGGUCCACACCCAAGCCCCGCAAGAAGGCCUCACGGUCCAAGUCUCCAGGGAGGAAGAAGUCCAAAUCUCCAACAGAUCGAAAGAAGAGGAAGUCUAAAUCUAGAAGUCCUGGUCGACGAAGGAGGUCCAGUCGCUCUCCUUCCUCUGCUCGCCGCAAACGCUCCUCCUCCAAGUCUCGAACAAGGACACGUAAAUCCAAGUCCAGAUCUCCAGCCAGGAGAAGACGCUCUCCGCACAGGUCUACAGACCGGAGAAGGAAGUCCAAGAGUAGAUCUGCAGAUCGGAGAAAAAGAUCCAGGAGUAGGUCCGUGGAUCGCAGGAAGAGGUCCAAGAGCAGGUCUGUAGACCGGAAGAAGAGGUCCAAGAGCAGAUCUGCCGAUCGCAGGAAGAGGUCCAGGAGCAGGUCCACAGGGCGGAGGAAGCGCUCCAGGAGCAGGUCUGCGGGCAGGAGGAGGAGGUCCAGGUCCCGGUCGACCGAGCGCAGACGCAGGUCCCGCUCCAGGGGCAGAGGCAGGAGGCCGGCCUUUCGCAGUGGCUCUUUGGACAGACGAGACCGAUGGAAGAGGGAACCCAGUCACUCUCCUGUUCUGAUCCUCCGCAACCAGCGGCGCUCAGGCUCCAGAGCUCGACGCAGCAACAGCAAAACUCCCCCUCGCAUCACGGAGCUGGAUAAGGACCAGUUGCUGGAAAUUGCCAAAGCCAACGCUGCUGCCAUGUGUGCCAAGGCCGGGGUGCCGAUCCCCGAGAGUCUGCGUCCCAAAGCCAUCCUCCAGCUGCCCCUGCCCACGCCCUCCCCCGCACCGCUGUCCCUGCCUCUGCCCCUGCCCCUCCCCAUGGGCAUGGGCAUGGGCAUGGGCAUGCCCAACAUGGGUCCAAUGGGCCUGCCCAGCCUGCCCGGGAUGCCCAGCAUGUCCAACAUGACCAUGAGCGCCGCCAUGGCGAGCAUGACGGCGGCCACCAUGACGGCGGCCCUCAGUAACAUGGGGGCUCUGGCCGCCAUGCCCCCCCUGGCGCCUCUGCCCACCAUCACCAACAAACCCCCGCCCAGUCUGGCCCCGCCCACCCCCACCAUCAACCUGGAUCACAUCGAGGAGGCCAAGAGGAAAGUGGCUCACCAGGCCAACGUUCACACCAUCAAGGAGCUGACGGAGAAGUGUAAGAUGAUCGCCAGCAGCAAAGAGGAGAUGGCCAUCGCUAAACCUCACUUCUCAGACGACGAGAGUUAAUCCUGCGCGGGCCACGGAAGAAAACAGGAACAGACUGAAGAUGAUCACCUCACUCUGCUGUGGUCUGCUCAAGCUGCUGGAGCUCCACGGAGACGGAGGAAGACUCCACCUCUGCUCCUCUGACUCUCCUCAUCCUCCUCCUCAUCCUCCUCCUCGUCCUCUGCUCCUCUAAACCUCUGCUCUCCUCCUCCUCUGCUCUUCUCGUCUGCUUCUCUCCACCUUUGCUCUCCUCCUCCUCAGCUCUUCUCCUCUUCCUCGUCCUCCUCUUCCUCCUCCUCUGCUCCGGUGUUGUGUAGACGUAGAGACUGUCUCCGCACACGUGUCCUCUUGCGUGUGCGGCGCCCCCUGUCCCCACACGACGGAUGUACAGACCCUUACCGACUCACCGGCGUUUUUUGUAAAAGACGAGUUUUAACUGAGUCCUUUUUUUAAACCCGUGCGUAGUUCUGCCGUCGCCCUGUACUUUUAUCACCACCUUUAAAAUCUGUUUUUUAGAACCUCACGCCGACAUUCACAAACAUGACCUCCCUGGGUGCGUUUGUUCUUUACGCCCACGUAUAAUAAUCUGUUAUAUUUGACCUAUAUUCAGAAACUACGGAACCCCAGAGUGGCAAGAGAAGAGAAAAAAAGAAAAGAGGCACAUCAUUUGGGUUCUAUUUUCUAAGAGUUUUGUUGUGUUUUAUUUUUUAAUUUUUUUUGUAAGCCACAUCAGCAAAAAAAAAAAAAACAUACACGAGGAAAACGGUAAAAAAAAACCAAAACAAAUUAAAGACCUCUCGUCAUUUGGGUUCUGUUUUCUAAGAGUUUUGUUUUGUUUUUUUUGUUUGUUUCUUUCGUCAGCCACAUCAACGGAAAUAAAAAUAGCCAUUGGGGAAAAAAAUAAAAUACAAGAGAAAAACUGUUUUUAAAAAGCGAAUUAAAGACCUUGUCAUUCGGCUUCUAUUUUCUAAGAGUUUUGUUUUUUGCUUUUUUCUUUUUUUUGUGAGCCACAUCAACGCAAAAAAAUAAAUAAAUUGCCGUUGGGGAAAAAAAUACAUACAAGAGAAAAAUAGUUAAAAAAAACUAAAGACCUCUUGUCAUUUGGGUUCUGUUUUCUAAGAGUUUUGGAUUUUCUUUUUUAUUAAAUUGCCAUUGCUGCAAAAAAAACAAGAUAUAUAUUUUUUUAUUUUUUUGUGGAAAACAAAACAAAAACACUUAAGAUGCACAUCAUCUGGGCUCUUUUUUCUUUUUUUUCCCCCUCUUGCCACUCAGGGCUUCCGUAAUAAUCAGUAUUUCUCCCACAUUUUGAACGAUCGCAAUUUUCGAUUAGAAUUAUUAUUUUUUUAUUAUUAUUAAAGCUGCAUUGUGUAACUUUUCCGGUGGAGGCUCCGUCAGAAGCUUUUCUCCAUGGUGAUGUCAUUACUCUGUCUGGAAUGUCCCACAGUGCGGCAUUAAACCUUUCUAUCUUUAGGGAGACGUAACCCAGACCGAGUUACAGGUCAGAUCUGCGGAGAGGAUGGAAAAAUGUCUGCUUUUCAAGGUGUUUUUGAGAAAUAAAUCCAACUGUGCUUGAAUAAACGUAAAGUGGAGCUGUUUAAAGUCACACUGUGGAACAUUCCAGGCAGAACAGUGACGUCUCCAUAGAAACAGACUUGUGACGGACGCCAACCAGAAAGCUGCUUAAUGCACCUUUAAAAAAAAAAACUAAUAAAAAUGGCGUCUUGUGUAAAUUUCGUGAUCAUAAAGACUUUUUUUUUAUAUAUAUAUAAUAGUUUACAAAAAAAUGCCUUUAAAAUUCUUGCUUCUGCUGACAGAGGAACGGCUGCAGAAUUUAAAGUCCAGUAAAAAGAUUCUAGAUUGGCCGAUUAGUAAUCAUUUUCAGAGUUCAGCAAUAUGGAAGAGAAUUGGUUUCAUCAGAUUUUGAAUUUGAAACGCCGCUGAAAUCUGUGUGUCGUUCGUUGAUUCGUUUUUUAAAAUAAAACCAAAAAUAAGAAAAUGGAAAAAAAAAAAACUGUUUCCUUCAUUAUUUGUCUCCAAAACCAAAAUGAAAAAACAGAUAAUGAUUUGUUUUAUCAGUUUUAGAUUCUGUGUUUAAAAACGGAAAAAACGGAGAAGGGACUGAACCAGGACUGAAGUAAGACUUAAACAGGACAGAACAAGGACUAAACCGGGACUAAACUAGGACUUAACCAGGUCUUAACCAGGUCUAAUCCGGUCUCAGCCCCGGUUUGCUCCCGGAUAUUUGAUCACCCAACAGGCUGGACACUCCUGGCUCAGUCCUGGUUUAGUCCUGGUUCAGUCUGGUUCAGCUCUGGUUUAUUCCUGGUUUAGUCCUGGUUUAGACCUGGUUUUAAUAAUAAGAAAAUAAUUGGUUUUUCAUUUUAUUAUUUUUGGUUUUUUUAUAAAAAUGAAUGAACAAAUAACACACUGAUUUGUUGAAUUUCUCACUUUAAAAAUUUGUAACUCUGAAAAAGCCUGUUUGAAUAAUUUUUCUACUCAAUAUCAGUUAAUUAAAUUCUAAGUCUUCAUGUUCAAAAUGUUAAAAAUCCAAUAUUUAAAAAAAAAAAAAAAAUCACCUUUUAAAUAUUCAGCACAAUUAUUUUCAAGCCUCAAUUUCAACAGUCAAAAUUCAGAGUGUAAAAUGACCCAGAGUGAUCCCAUCUUUUUCAGAGCUGGAAAAAUUCUGCGGUAUUUAAAAUUCUAAAUCUUACCGAACAAAUGACCUUCCAUACAAAAAGUUUAAAAUAAUUUAAUUUAUAUCUGGUGAAGAAACAAAGACUUGAUAAUUGGGUUUUUGGGGAUUAUUUUAUUAUUAUUUCCAUAGUUUUUAGUUUAGUUUUACAGAAUAUUGUUUGGUAAUAUUGCGAUUGAAAUGUCUAGUGCCCCCUCAUGGUUCCUCGUGGGUUCUGCAGCCUCACUGAAGUGUAAGAAUAAAUAAAUAAACUCAUUGUACUUUUACUGUAGCGUCGUCACUAAAAUCUGACGGGACAAAACACGUCUGAAUCUUUGUGUUUCUGAAAAUGUGUGUAGAAUUAUAUAUUUGUACAAAAAAUCAAACAGAUAGAAUUCAUAAACGUGUGUGGACGGGCCGACGAGGGCUCGCUGAUACGGCACCUCGUACGGGUUGAUCCCAGUUUUAAAACCAGUUAAUUAAAUCGUUUUUUUUUUUUAUUUGUGAAAGUAAAACAAAAACAGCUUUUCGUUUGUAGCUCACAAAACCGACUGAUGAGGUUUAAGUCGUGUUCUGAUGUCGUUUCCUCCUCAAAAACAGACCUGGAAUUGUGUUUUGUUUAUUUUAUUAUUGUCUACAUCACCAAAGCUCUAAAACUCUCUGCUCCACCUUGUGAUGUCACGAAGUGGUAGUUUCAAGUAAACAGCUCUUUUUACCUUUUUAGUUGAGUAGAAAUCGAUAGAGAGAGAAUUCCGGCGCUGAAAUGCUCCAGGUGAUUCUAGUGAAGGUGUGUGGAGUUUAAAAACACAGUCCUGUAUCACCACAUGAUGACAUCACAAGGUGGAAUAGAAAGUUUUGAGCUUUGGAGAUGUAGACAGACUCAUAAUAAUAAUAGUUAUUUUUUGGACUAUAAGGAGCAUUAAGCGAAACAAACGGACGACACUUGAGUCCAGGCGUCCUCGGUCCAUCGGCAGAUCGUGGCGUAAUUCGCUCGCCGUCGUCUCUGUUUUGGUUUUUUAUUUCCUACGAGGACGACUCAGAUUUACUCGAGUAAUAAUGUGUUUAAUUUAGCUUUGAGCACAUUUGUUUACGAUUUACAGAAAUGAAAUUUAAAACCACGUUCGCCGUAACGCUCCGACAAUCCAUCAAACUUCACAGCUUCGUAGUUUUACCAAAGUCGUACUAAAAAGUAAGACUAAAACAGGACUGAAGAAGGACUAAACCAGGACUAAACCAGGUCUAAAAAGGUCUCAGUCCCGGUCUCAGUCUGGUCUCGGUUUUCUGAUCACCCAACAGUCUAUGCAGGCCCAGCCAUGACAGUCCUGGUUCAGUCCUGGUUCAGUCCUGGUUCAGUCCUGGUUCAGUCCUGGUUCAGUCCGUUCUUUAUUUUUUUCCAUUAUUCAUUUAAACACAAAAUUGAAAACUGAAAAAUUUAAUCAUCUGUUUUUUCAUUUUGGUUUUGGAGACAAAUAAUGAAGAAUUUUUUUUAUUUUUUUCCCCAUGUAUUUUUGGUUUUAUUUUGAAAAAUGAACAAAUGACACAUGGGUUUGUUGAAUUUCUCACUUUAAAAUUUUUAACUCUUGAAUUAUUUUUCUGCUGAAUAUCAGUUAAUUAAAUUCUAAGUGUAUGUGUUCAAAGUGUUUAAAAUCCAAUAUAUGUAUAUUUUUUAAAAAUCACCUUUUAAAUAUUCAGCACAAAUAUUUUCGCCCGGCGUCGCCUCCAUGUUUUGUUUUUUUAUUUCCUACAAGGACGACUCAGAUUUACUCGAGUAAUAAUGUGUUUAAUGCAGCUUUGACACAUUUACGUUUUACAGAAAUGAAACUUAAAACCACGUUCGCCGUAACGCUCCGAUAAUCCAUCAAGCGUCGCAGCUUCGUAGUUUUACCAAAGUCGUACUAAAACAUUUUGACAGAUUUUUGAACUCCGUGUACCACAGAAAAUCAGUUCGAAGUCGGUAACACGACCAGAAUUAAAACAUUUCAGUUGAGCUGCUCGAUUAUGGAAAAAAAAUUAUCACGAUUAUUUUUGGUUGAUAUUGAAAUCCUAAUUAUUCAAACGAUUAUUUUUAUUUACACGAUGCAUUUAUUCAGCAUUUCUCUCUCAAAAAAUCCCCCAAAACUUGUAUUAUUAUCAUUUUUUUUACUUUAUUUUUGUAUGUGUUUGAAAAUUUUAAUACAUUUAUAGAAAAAAGCAAAACAAAAGUGCAGAUGACAACAACAACAAAACCAAAUCAAAUCAAAUUCAGAGCAUCUAGAGUAAAACAGUAAUUCGAAACACUUUAUCGACAAUUUACGCACAAAACGAACCUUAGAGCAUUUUUAUGACGUAUAAAACAUAAAAUAAAUAAACUUUGAACAUGAAAUAAAGCAGAAAAACAUAAAUGUGUCCAAAAUAAACUCUAUAUUCAGCUCUUCUACGAUCGAUUUCAGUUCAGCUUUAAUCGUUUCAACUCGAUUAUGAGUUUGGAAAUCAAAAUUCAGUUAAUUGCACAGUCGAUUUUAGAGGAUUUUAUUUUAAUUGCGCCUUCUAGUCCGAAAAAUGCGAUACUUAAAUGUGAAUGAAACGGAACGACUCCGGGUUUGUUUUUGAGGAGGAAACUUUAGAACACGACUUAAAACUCACAAGUCGUUUUUGCGUAACAUUGGACCUUUAAAUAGACCAAAAUUGCCUCUGUAUUUUGACAACACAAGGAGCUUAAAGUUUAAAUUUUUGUUGCAGUUUUUUUUUUUUUUUUGUUAAAUUUGCUUUUGGGCUUUGGGGACAAAAAUAAUCCGUGUUAAUAGGAAACGCUGAAGUUUACUGUACAAUUUAACGCACACGAGAAGGCGGGGUUCACCAAAACUUACCGGUGUAACUUUUUGGUUUGGGCGUCCGUCACUCGCUUGUUUCUACGGAUACGCCAUCGCUCUGCCUGGAAUGUUCCGCAGUGUGGCAUUAAACAGCUCGACUUCGCCCUUUAUCCGAUUACGGUUUGGGUUUACAGCUCAGAAAUAUCUAGAAAAAGAGACGUUCUGACCGCAGAUCUGAGCGUAACUUGGUUUGUUUUGGUUUCCGUGACGACAGAAGGGUUUAAUGCCGCACUGCGAAACAUUCCGGACGAAGACGCUCCCAACGGAAAAAAAGUUACACGGCGCAGAAACGGAAGACUUCGUCCACGUUCUCCUGUUUGUCACACUUGCACUCGCUCCCCGCUCUGUUACUUUUUUCUAAAACCACUAGGGUGUGAACGGUUGAGCACCCAGGGGCGUCACACUCACCACCCGCGGCUGGACUUUUCCCACAUUUUGUUUCGAGUCCUUUAGUUUUUGAUUUGAUGAUGACGAUGAUGUUGCUUGCUUUGUACAUAGCAGUGUUGGUUAUUAAACUCGAAAAGAGCCGUA